AUGGGAGACGCUAACAAUGCAAACGACGCUGAUGCUAAAGCCCUACAUCCAGUAUAUUCUGUCACAAAUAUACAGAAUAAAGUCCGGAUUCUUGAUGGCGAAAAAGUAACAUACUCUUCCUGGGUGAAAUUAUUCAAACUUCAUGCACACGGAUACGAUGUAUUGGAUCACAUUGAUGAAACACCACCACCUGCUGCAACAGAUCCGUCCUAUGAAGCAUGGUCCAAAAUAGACUCCAUUGUUCUUCAAUGGAUCUAUGGAACUCUAUCAGACGAUCUAUUGGUUCGCGUUUUAGAGGCUGAUUCAACCGCUCAACAAGCUUGGGACCGGAUUAAGAAAAUGAAAGAUUUGGCAGACCAACUCAACGAUGUGGAUCACCUAGUCUCAGAAUCACGACUUGUAUUGCAAAUGCUCCUCGGUCUUCCAAGUGAGUUUGACACAGUAGCUUCGUUUAUCACGCAGUCAGACACGUCAUGGGAUAAUGCAAGAGAAAUGUUGGAUCGGGAACAACGUCGACAAGCUACACAACAACAACUACCCUCCCAACCAACCCUUGUAGCUGCUAACAAAUCACAAGGUCCACCCGCACCCAUGACCCAUCCUGUUCAAACACCGCAUCCCCAUUCAUAG